GAAUCAUACCAAGCAGCACACUGGCUGAGACCCAGUGGCCAGCAAGUCCCAGAUGGCUCCGCCUCUGCGUCCGGAGCUGGCUUUCUGCUUUCAAGGGCAUCGUCUUACCACCCUCCCCCACCCCAGAGUCUUCAGGCUUUAGGGGCCCCGGAAUGCUGAGGGACCCCGUGGCUAGAUCCCCCUAUAGGAGCAGGAGGAGGGGCACCCCGUGUCCGGGCUGUGUCACGGCCAUCUGACCCGGGAGGCACAGAGGCACGCGCCCCACUCCGGUUUCAUGGAGCCCCGGCCUGGCUGCGUGGUGGUGACCGGUUUCGGGCCCUUCCGGCAGCACCUGGUGAAUUCCAGCUGGGAAGCAGUGAAGGAGCUCUCCCAGCUGGGCCUGGGGAGCGACGCGGAGGUGGAGCUGCGGACGCUUCAGCUGCCCGUGGAUUACAGGGAGGUGAAGCGGAGAGUCACCAGAAUCUGGGAAGAUCUGCAACCGCGACUCACCGUGCACGUGGGCGUGGACGCCGCCGCCAAGGCCGUGGUUCUCGAGCAGCGCGGCCGGAACCGCGGGUAUCGCGAGACCGACGUCCGGGGCUUCCGGCCCGAGCAGGGCGCGUGCGUCCCGGAUGGCCCGGAAGUGAUCGAGUCGCGGGUUGACCUGAAGGCCGUCAGCAGGCGCGUGGCCGUGGAGGGCGUGGAGGUGAUGUUCUCCCGCGAUGCGGGCAGAUACGUCUGCGAUUACACCUACUACCUGUCUUUGCAUCACGGAAAUGGGCGUGCGGCCCUCAUCCACGUGCCCCCGUUGUCUCCGGAGCUCCCCGCCAGCCUGCUGGGGAAAGCCCUGCAAGUCGUCAUCCAGGAGAUGUUGGCGGACGAGCUGGUACAGAGAUGCAGUGCGAGAAUGGCGGUGAAGGUCCCUCAGUGAUGGGAGGCCACCAGGCUGCUGCCGGACCCGUGAGGAGGACAAGAGAAACGGCCCUGCUGGACCUGAGGUCUCAGGAAGUGGCAAGGUGGGGACAGGUCCUCCUGACACUUCUGAGGACCCAGCGCCGUCAGGCUUCUGAGGACAGGCGCAGCCGGGGAGGCAGCGUGACCCGCCUGGGGACGUGGGAGAGGCACCCCGCCUCCUGUGUUCACCUGCCUGCAGCCCAGACACCCCUGGAGCCUUGGAAACGAGCCUGCCUUUAGUCAUUGGUCGUCUAGUAACGGCCCCCGGAGGGCCAAGCACUUCCUGCCAACGGUGAGCAAAUCCCAGGGUGAAUACCAAGCUUGAGAAUUUAUUUUUUUGUUACUCCUCACCCACAGAUAUUUUUCCGUUCAUUUUUAGAAAGAAUGGAAGGGAGGGGAGAGACAGAGAAACAUCGAUGUCAAAAGAGACACACUGAUGGGCUGCCUCCUGCACGGCCCCAACUGUGGGGCGAGCCCGCCAGAUGGGCAUGCGCCCUGACGGGGAAUGGAACCGUGACCUCCCGGUUCAUAGGUCGACGCUCAACCUCUGAGCCACGUCGGCCGGGCACAGCUUGUGUCCUUUAAACGUGUAUUCCCAUUUCCCACCUUGACCGUUUCCCUGGCAAAGAUCACGCGGCCUGGGCUGUAGAGUCCUCGGGGCAGCCCGAGACCAUGAACUUGUAAGGAGCGAACACGUGUGAACACCUCCAGCGAGCCACAUCCUAGGCGUGCUGGCUGUGAGGUACCAACAAUGACACGGAAAUGUGGAAGUCAAGUCCUUUGCCCCAGGGUCCCCCAGAUCAGGCUGCCCCCUUUGGCCUUUUGUCUGUGGAAAGUGUAGGGAAAAUCUACAGAUCAGUGGAAACAGAAGUACAGAUGUCUGUAUUUUAGGUAUUCAGAUUUUCUUGUAGCUGAUUUAAUGGAGUGAGAAGCAGAAUGCUCCCGUCUUCACCAGCAGUUUGCAUGCUGUGAGGGUUCAGCUGUCUGUCAGCAAUAAAACAAAACCUUCACGCUGAACACCUCCGAGUGACACGUGUGAACACGCAUGCUACACGCAGCUCAGCGCCCCUGCCUCAGAAGCGUGCGCCGCGGAAGCAUUGGUUACGAUGCGCACUACGACUGGUUAGUGUUUGCUUUCUACUCAAAGAAAAACCACCGACGUCAAACGAUAACAUGACCAC